AAGCGUACUCACGGAGCAAGUCGAAAGGGGUUGGAAGUUUUUUUUGAAUAUGGAAAGGAAACAUACCCGUCACAAUCUUGAGGGACCCAAAAUACAGACAUGCCCCCUCUGAUUACAGGCAAUGGCUGUCACUGCAGUCUUCCUCCCAGGCUGUACUCUCCUGUUUCAGUUGCUCAAGAAGGCUUCUGACGCCGUGGGACACUCAUCAGUCCCGAGGAUGUCAAUCAGAAGAGGAGUAGCGUUAUUACAGUAUGGAAUGGCCUGUUCAUGUAGUCAGAGAGUGGCUUCAGGGAACUUGGCGAGAAGACAAACAAAAAUGACCAGCCUUCAACUAGCAUCAAGGGCAUCACCUUAACACCAGACACCAAGUUAUUUUUUUUAAAUUUAAAAAAAAAUUUUUUUUCAUUUU